UAGUUUGGGCCAACCUUCGUGAAUUGAGAUGCUGUAACAGAGAAGGGGAAUGCGCAUAUUCUUCCUCAGCCUAAAGAGAAAAAAGGCGCGUUCCCCACUACCUAGUGCGGUCCAGGUUAUAUCUCUUCCCCUUCUUCUCGGGGGCCUGGGCCGUACUACGCGUCCCGAGAAUGCGAGCCACGUGAUGCUGGAAGUGGGCGGGGUAAAGAGGAACUUCCGGUAGCCACUGCGCGCCUAGUAGCGGCUGUGGACCUGCGGGUACCGGCCACGCCGAGGAGGCUGCAGCGGCGGGAGAAGCAGGACGCGGCAGGUCCGCCCCUUCCCCCCCCACCGCUCCGCAGCCCAGCCUCCCCUUCCCGGUUCAAGAUGAACUAUAUGCCGGGUACCGCCAGCCUCAUCGAGGACAUUGACAAGAAACACUUGGUGCUCCUUCGAGAUGGUAGGACCCUUAUAGGCUAUUUGCGAAGCAUUGAUCAAUUUGCUAAUUUAGUGUUACACCAGACUGUGGAACGAAUUCAUGUGGGCAAAAAAUAUGGCGAUAUUCCUCGAGGGAUUUUUGUUGUCCGAGGAGAAAAUGUAGUCCUCCUUGGAGAAAUAGACCUGGAGAAGGAAAGUGACACUCCCCUCCAGCAAGUGUCUAUUGAGGAAAUCCUGGAAGAACAAAGGGUGGAACAGCAGACUAAGCAGGAAGCAGAGAGGCUCAAAGUCCAAGCUCUCAAGGAAAGGGGCCUCUCCAUUCCCCGAGCAGAUACUCUGGACGAGUAUUAGAUGGUCUGCUCUGAAUCUUGCCCUCCAAGGAGCAGAAUUUGUCGCUGCAAUUUGUGACGCAAUGGUUACUCUUUACUAGAGUUUGGAAAAUGGUUUUAUUUUGGAUUCUCAGUUUCACAAUUGUGCCAUGAAGAAAUCAUGUGGCCUUAUUUUUUUCUUAACAGAAUCAUUGUAUGAAGGGGCAUGGACUUUUUCACACAUGGUUGUGGAACCAACAGAUUACUUCCACUAGGCUUUAUAGGGGAACUUACUCACUUGUAAAUAAAAUAUGAAUCUCAAAACCAU